AUGCCGGAUAUAUUCGUUCAUAUCAAGAACGGAGACUUGCUUGCAGUGAGGCGAGUCGUUGAGGAAUCGGGGACUACUUUUUCAAUCAGCGCGUACUCGACCAUCGGCUUGACUCCUCUCGGAGCCGCGAUUUACUAUGGUAAAACCGACAUCAUUAAGUUCCUGCUUGAGGCAGGAGCUGAUAUCAAAGAGGGUUACAAGUCGCAGUUCUGCAAAGACAAAGAUCUUUUUCAGCUUGAAAAUUGGCCUCAAAUCUCCCCGGCCAUACAUUGUGCUGCAGCUUCCGGUGCGACAGAAGACAUACUUCGCCUUCUGGUCGAUCAUGGUGCCGAUGUGAACGACUCUAGUGCCCGUGAUUAUGGUGCCGAGGUGCUGCCACUUUAUGUGGCUACUGGACAGGCGACUCAGGCCUUGAUCAAUCUUGGAGCAGAUGUUUGUCAACAGAACGCUAUCGGCUUUACCCCGCUGGUGCAUGCACUUGCCAGGGAAGAUGUCAACUCUGUCAGAUUACUCAUAGAGCACGGUGCGGACGUUCAUAUCGAGAGAACCCCAAAGUACAAAAUCAGGACCAAUGCUCCUGACAAUGAUGAUGAUAGCGACAUUGUCGGGGAAGAGCUGCUGGUGCAAGGUGGUUCUUCGCCACUCAUUGUUGCGAGCCAUCAAGGACGGCUGAGGCCAAGCUCUUUCGAGAUGUUUGGAAUCCUUGCAAAAGCGGGAGUAGACAUGAACAAACGAUAUCAUCUCAAGGACGCUCCAUCAUAUUUUGAUGGCGGAUUUACCCUCUUGUCCUUGAUAUGUGGCUCUCGUACCAAAACCCCCAGGCUCAGAGGACAAUACGCCAACAACGACCGAUAUGGACAAAAGGAAUUGCAGGCAAUCAAGGCAAUAAUUGAAGCUGGUGUCGACGUGAAUAGUCCACCAGUCAUACAUUAUGUCUGCGAUGGUGUGAUGCCAUUUACUGACUUUGAGUCGCGCUCAGAAGUCUUGCGAAUGCUAGUACAAGCGGGUGCCAGAAGCAAUCACUCACACAGUGGAAGCUCUGCCAUGAAUGCCUCGGCUACCACAACACUAUUGAAAUCGUUCAACAAGUGCAGUGAGUCGGAGAUACAAUUCCAGACUAUGGCUGCUAUACUGGACAAGGCUGGGGCUCAAUGGAGCGGAAUGGAAAACUUUGAUGUUGCUACUUUGCCUGAUUGUGUUCGCGACAAAACGGCCGACAUGAAAGGGCAUCUGGAGCCCAAUCAAUGA